UUGCCUGUUCACAUUUCACAGCGACAUCUAGCGGAAAGGUCAAACACGGGCACUGCUGAAAACUACGUUACCCAGAAACCCUUCGUCAAUUUAUAGCGGAUUCUACAGGGAUAGGCUAGCUAGCUACUGCUGUCCAAAUAAACAACAUUAACAAAAUGUAAGCAAAUAUGAAAGAUUUGCCUGUUUCUUUGUGAGUACCACUGGAUCCGAGACAAAUUGACGUAUGGAGCGCUCAAUUUUGCCCUCUUUAGCCGUGCUUGCGAACAUUGUGGAUAUAAUAUGCUGCGCAGAAAGCCCACCCGUCUGGAAUUGAAGUUGGAUGACACUGAGGAGUUUGAGUGUGUCAAGAAAGAACUUGAGAUUCGGAAAAAACAGAGCGAUGAAGUGGAUGUUGUUGGUGUGGCUAUGUUUAGUAACAUGGUGGGGGCCAGCGGUGGAACAGGGGAUGGAAAGACACGGGAACAGAUGAUCAACGAGAGAAUAAGCUACAAGCCCCAUCCUAAACCCAACACCUUGCCCUCACUCUUUGGAAACCUGUAGUUUUAGGUUCCUAAUAGGCACAUUCACAAGACUACUCAAACUGUUGGCUCCACCAGUGUUGGUGUGUGGAUGGCACAGUAACAAUGCUAUUGACAUGGUCAGGGAUACCUGUGGGCUUGCCUGAGGUCAGAAUUCCCUUCACAAAGAAAUGUGUAGUUUGAGGAUCAUGUUUUGCUUAUAACACAUAUCUUCUAAAGUAAUGUUGUUGCAUUUACCUGAAAUGUUAUGACUUGCGAUGCAAAGCGUGUGGCCUUUCUUUUGUACAACAUGUUUCAUGGGAGCUGUUGUAGUGGUUUCCCUCGAUUACAAAAAUCCAGACUUGGUAGUCCCAGGAAGGUGAAGGUAGCAUCUUUGGGGCAAAAUGGAAUGGACUUGAUAACUAAUCAGUUAUUACUUAGAAUGGUAUGAUUGUAGUUUUAUUGGCCUUCAAGGCUGCAUUAUGAGAAUGCAACAGAAUCAAACAUACAGUUCUUGAAUGAUACCAUUUAUUACUUGUUUUCUCUAGAUGAUUACAGCACAGUAAAUACGUCAUACUAUACAGACAUGUCUGUGGACUUAACAGUCCAGGUAAUGUUCACACUGUUGCUGCGCUGGAGUGGCAGUCAGACUCCCACUGCUGUUUUGGCCCAUUAACUUCAACGCUCGAGUUGUACAGUAGACUAUAAUAAUAAAUCUUGAUACAUGAUCCCAUGUGGUAAAGCAGAAACAGUUAUAAUAUGUUCAAGUAUACACCAACUAUUAAUGUCCCUGGCUUGAUUGUAAUGUAAUGAGAAUGUGCGGCAGUUAAAUCCAGUUAUAGCAACUAGGAAUUUGACCCUCAAACCAGGCACAGCACAUCACUAAGGCUGUGUUUAGACAAGCAGCUCAAUUCUGAUAUUUUUUCCACUAAUUGGUCUUUUGACCAAUCACAUCAGAUCUUUCUACAACCGAUAUUUUCCAGAUCUAAUUGGUCAAAAGACCAAUUAACUGAGUGUAACAAAAAAAAAAAAAAAAAAAAAAAAAAAAAAAAAAAAAAAAAA